CGUUGUGUUUCGUUCGAUCUCGGCUUUGGCUUUUGCUUCGUGUCGUCCUUCUUAUCUAUUAAAGACUCCGCUGAUCCUCGAGUGCCGCCAAAAAGUUUCUAAACUAAUCGUGCUAGGUGCUAGCAUUUUUAAACAUAAAAAACAAAAUGACUGAAGAAACCGUGCCGGUGAAGAAAGCGCGCGGUCGCCCAAAGAAAAAUGUGACCAACAACGAGGAAAAAAAACCGGCCAGCAAACCGGCACCACCAGAACGUGACGACACGUCCGAUGAUGAUCUGUCGGCAGAUGAGGCCGAGAGCAGCAACAGCACGCCGCCGGCCCCGGUUUCUUCGGCCAAGAAGCGCAGCGCUGAGGCUGCUGAAGCUGCACCAACACCGAAGCGGGGCCGUGGCCGACCCCCAAAGAACUGGAAGAAAGGAGCAGCCGCUGCCAAAACAGCUGCCGCCAAAAAAGCUGCUGUCAACAACACUAAAAAACCGGGCACUGGCCGUGGUCGAGGCCGCCCGCGAAAAAAUCCUUAGUACAAAACGAGACAAGAAGCUAAAAACACCGAUUUAUCGUAAUCGGUCAAAUUGUAUUCCCGAAUACGAACGUACCCUUUGGUCCCAAUCACCGACACACACCUACGGCCAUGCAAAUGAGCCCCAUUUACCUAGGACAAUGUUACGUUGUUUCUCUCCAACUUCCUCAUCUAACUUCUCCCACAUGAAGUUUCACCGAAGAAGAAGCGCCUUAAAUUUUAGCCCUCCCUCAUACAGGUUUCAGUUUCAACAUUAUCAUUUAUUUUCUCGUGCGAGUCGCGAAACGGACCCUUCCUGAAGAAUGUCGCACAAGACUCUAUGCGUUAUCCGGAUCACAGCUUUUGUGGAAGUAGUAAACGGUGAACGAGAAGAGCUCGGUUCUUGUCUUCUAUGUUGCGGUCUCUUAGGUAAGCAAUGGAGUGUAAGCAAAAUCCGGACCGAAUAGGAGUUAGUUGUGGUCAUGUUUGCGCGUAACCAUUACUUUCACUCUCAAUUACCGUUCCAACAUCGGUCGCCUUUUCGGUAAUUGAGUUGUUGAAUCUACAACACCGCGGUAUCCGGGACAAGAUAUGCCAUUGAAUGAAUAAAUGUAAAACAC